AUGAGAUGCUCCUUCGACAAAUACCUGGCCAUUGCGAGGCUUCAAACGGGAUGUUCUCAGAGGGAAGUUGCCACUGAGCUUAAAGUGUCAUCAGCAGGUUGCGACAGAGACACAGAGAAACUGGAAGAGUCACAGAAAGGCAUAGAAGCGGACAUCCUUUGGCCACAUGCUGAUGACUGCUUCAUUGUGAACAGUGCCCUGUGGAGCCGGAUUAUGAAUGCCACUCAACUCCAGGCACGUUUAAGGGAACACAGGCCUGAUUUCAUCUUCAUGGACGACAGUGCCCCAGCUCAUCGAGGUCGCAUUAUCAGGGAACGGCUACUGGAGGCUGGGCGGGUGGAUAAAGGCGCUUUUGUCGAUAGUUUAUCUCCUGCGUUGGAUGCGUUUGGGUUGGACGGGGUUUUCAGGGUCAAGGAAAGGCAGCACGAAGGUCUGGCCACGUAUUUUAGGAGGUCUAAGCUGAAGUUGCUCCAGCAGUAUGAUGUGAUGCUGAGCGAGGCUCUGAUGACUGAUCCUCUUCAUCGGGAGCUGCUGGAGAAGGUGUGCAGCAAGCCCAGCUUGAAGGAGAAGAUCGAAAGCAGGUCAACGAUGCUGCAGGUGACCGUCUUGCAGUCGUUAUGGGACCCGUCAAGGAUAUUAUGUGUGGGAAACACACACCUGUACUGGCACCCUAAAGGGGGAAACGUUCGACUGGUUCAGAUUGCAGUGGCCCUCAAACACAUGAAGCAGAUAGUGACGGAGAAGCAUCCCGGAGCCGGACUCAUAUUCUCGGGUGAUUUCAACAGCACGCCCUCCUCCGGUCUCUUUCAGCUCGUCUGUGAGGGAUCCGUCUCGGAGAAUCAUGAUGACUGGGCCUCUAAUGGACCAGAAGAGCAGAUCCAGGUGGGACUGAUGAACCCGUUCCAGCUGGCUAGUGCUUGUGGGGUCCCAGCUUUCACCAACUACGUCGGAGGCUUCCAGGGCUGUCUGGACUAUAUUUUUGUGGAGCCGCAUGUGCUGCAGGUGGAGCAGGUGAUUCCUCUGCCCAGCCUUCAGGAGGUCACGACCUGCGUGGCCCUGCCGAGCGUCUCGCACCCAUCAGAUCACAUCGCGCUGGUGUGUGACCUCAAGUGGAAGUGAAACAAUCACAAACAGUUCGUAUUUCAUCAAAAGCAAUUUUAGCUUUUUAAUGAUCAGAUUUGAGCAUUGUGCUUAUAUUUAUCACAUAGCUUCAUUCUCAUUUGUACAAAUUAAAAUGUAUGAGGAUGAGUUAUUGUGUGAUAUUUAUCAAAUGCCAGAAUUGACACCUACUUGGAAAUAUUGAAUGAUGUAUUUACAAUAUGCAACUGUUUAAAUUCUUUGCAUUUAAAUUCAUUCAGCAUUUUGUGAUGUUGCUUUAACUCUGCUUUUCAAACCAGAAGAGUGAAUGGAAAUAACCGGUUUCCCCUUUAAGGAAUAGUUCAUCCAAGAUGUAGAUGAGUUUGUUUCUUCAUUAAGAUUUGGAGAAAUGUAG